AUGUCGGCAGAAGAGAGGCGGCUUGAACUUGAGCGCAAGAAGCAGAAGCUCGCUGAGCUGAAGAUCCAGCGCCAGCGAGCACAAGAACAACGAACUCGAGAGCUUCUCAAUACCGCGGUGGAAAAUGGCAACUCACGACCAAGCCUCUCAUCAAACCAAGUCGAGGAAAUCCUCAACGAAGUUGGCAUUCCCUCAGAACCCAACGUCGAGCGUCCUAGUGAGAAAGUCAACGGCACAGUAGACAUGGUUUAUUCUCUCUUUUGUGUCUUAUUGAUAAAGAACUUUCAGAGUAAUGUUUCUCCAAUGGCAUCCCAGUUACUAAACUCUUCCCGAAUGGUCAAUCUUGAAUUUUCUGCCGUUCAGUCUUUUACAUUACCGUUAAAAGACGCGGUACGCUUAAUUUUGAAAGUUUCAUAAUUGUAUUCAUUUUUAGUCAAUCUACUCGAAAACAACGCAAACGGACGAUGAGAAGUUCUCCGUGGGCGAGUUCAGCAUGGGAAGUCAGGAGUUUGACUACGACGACGAGCUGGGAAUGGACAAUUUCCGUGGUUAGGGGAGCGCAUGGCUAGGAUAAUGCACAGUUUACAGGUCGCGCUCACUCCCACGACCUGGAGUCGCCGAUCCACAUGAACGACGACAUCGCCAAGCUGCUCCCCGGAUAUCCUUUUGCCAAUCAGAAGGAACCUGUGAGUGCAGAAGUUGUUCGGAUCUAGUUGUGGUUCUCAGACGCCGGCGCAAGAAGAAGAGAAGGAAGAUACUCGGCCACGAGUUCUGAGCGAAGAAGAACGCAACCGGAUCCUGGCCAGCGCCGACUUCCAGGCCUUCUUCGAGUACUCGUCCAAGGUUCUGGAACGAGGCCUGACCGAAACCGUCGACAUCUUCAUCGACUACGCCAGAGACCAACGCGGAGAAGUUGUCGCUUCUGAUGACCGUCUCCGUCUUUCCCGCGUCUUUUCCGACGAGAAGUGGACCGCCAACAGGUUCCUUCCUUUUCGUUGAGAUCCAUUGUUUUCUCCUUCUCAGGGCCAUCAGCGGCAUCACCUUCUCCGAGCAGCAUCCCGAACUGAUGGCUGUGUCCUACGACUUGGUAUUUCUCAUAAUUUGCUAUUCGCUUCUAGAAAUAAACAACUCGAGAAACAUUGCUACGGAGCUGACGACAUUUUUUUUUUUAACUUUCUGAGACAGAGAAAAACACAAUUUUAAUUUUUGGGACAUGUUUCCAUUUAAUUUUUUUCAACACGAAAUCCUUAAUGAACUUUGUUCUUCAGGAUCCCGAAUCUGUUAUCGAUCCGCCUGGCGUUGUUAUCAUUUGGAAUACCAAGUUCAAAAAGGAAUCUCCCGAGUGAGUUGUUCAGAAAUUCUUUCUUUUUCUACGACUUGAAUUUUUAACUGUUUUUUUAAAAUACAUUUAAUAGAAAUCAAGUUGUUACCGAAAUAGUUUUUUUAAUAGUUUUUCAAGGAAAAAAUAAUAAUAAAAAAUAAUACACUCUCAGCCGAACAUCAAGUUUCUCAUGAAAAACUCGAGAAUUUAAAAAAAGUUAUUUUGUUACUUAUAUUUCUGUUUAUUAACACUUUUCACUGAGAAUUUCUGAAAUCAAAAAUUGUCAAUUGGAGAUUUAGAUACGUAGUUUCUUGUCAAUCAAGAAUCACAUCGGUGACUUUCGCGAGAUUCCACGCGCAUCUCGUGCUCGCUGGAUGUUAUUCGGGCCAAAUCUGCGUUUGGGACAACCGAAUCGCCAAUAAGAAGACUCCAAUCAAUAUUGUUCGAAUCCUAGCCGUUUUCCAUUCAAUUUGUAUUCCAGAGUCCUUUAUCUUUGAUGGCUCACACUCAUCCUGUUUACUCGUUGGCAGUUAUUGGAACGAAUAAUGCCCAUAAUUUGGUUCGUUCCAAAUACUUUUGUUUUCUUAAAAUUUCUUCCGUAGGUUUCAAUCAGCACUGACGGCCGGAUGUGCAGUUGGAACGUUGAUAAUCUGACGCAGCCGGUCGAUGGAAAGGAGCUGAUGAAUAUGGCUGGGAAGCAGGUUUUCAGUUUUUUUUUUGAAUGAUGUCAGAUCAGUUUCGACUAAAGUUCAGUUUUGUUCAAAUUUGAUGAAAUCAUACAAAUUUUCGAUGCUAAAAGUUGUUUUCUCCAGAUUCCCUGCAUGACGAUGUCAUUUCCUGUCGCUGACAUGAACAACUUCGUCGUUGGUAGUGAAGACGGAAAAAUCUCGGCUAUCAGUCGACACGGCGCCGCUCAGGCGUCCGCCAAGGAGUUUGCCGCUUUUGAAGGUUUUUUUUUCAUUUUUUGUUUUUCAUGACUCUUGAAAACUAAAAUAAGCACGGGAAAUGAAUGAUGAAUGAUUUCGGUCAUUUCUCCUACGAAAAGUAUUUUUGAAUGAUGAAAACUUAUAAAAGUUGCAUUCGUCGUUUUGUUUUAUGAUAUUUUCUACUUUUCUUUAGACCACUUUCGAAGAAAAAAUGGGAAACCCUAGUUUUAUUUUAUUUCUGCAGCCAUUUUUUUCACAUUUUUGAAGCCGAAAAUUAGUUCUUGUCACUCGUUUAUUUUUAAGAGGGCAUACUUCGAAAAGUCUCCUAUCAUACUUUCCUCUUUCCAAAACUUUCUGGGUUUGAGUUUGAUUUUUCUUUCUGAUUUUUCGGCUCUGUUUGUAGCCUAAUUUCAAAGAAAAGAUAGGUGAAGUUGGAUAGGUUGAUCAAUAUGAUUAGUGUUUUAGAAAGUCGGCAAUCUAAGGUCCUGUGAGAAAGGCGGAGUCAGUCUUCCAAGGAGCUCUUUUGCAGGCCACAGCGCCCCAGUGACGAGUGUGGCCUUCCACCGGGCGACGGGAGCCGUCGACUUCUCCCACUUGUUCCUGUCGGCUAGCGUCGACUGGACCGUCAAACUCUGGAGCACCAAAGAUCCGCAGCUGCGGUUUUCCUUCGAGUCCCACUGCGACUUCGUCUACGACGCCGCCUGGUCGCCUGUCCAUCCCGCCGUCUUCACCUCCAUCGACGCCGAAGGAAAUGUCUGUUUUUCUAGAUUCUGUAAAAUGAAGCGGCCCCAAGUUCGAUCUCCGCCCCGACCCAACCAAGGGGGUUAAGAAAUGUUGGUAGUGGGUAGUGGGAAACCACGGCUUCACAAUCCCCAGCCGUCACACACAAGGACGGAUAUGUCACUCGAGCCAGUCCACCGAUUAUCAGGAUAGGACCUUGGCUAAUCGACUUGGGGCGUCGACGCUGCUCAAGCGGUACAAAGGCGUAGGAAGAAGAAGAAAAAAAUAAGAGCGGCCCCAAAUAAAAAAAUUUAAAAAUUUACAAAAAACGACUCGUUUUUUGAUGUUUUGAAGAUCUACACGGUAACUCAAAAAACGAAAUUUUUUUAAAUUCUGACUGACUGGAACAAAAUUUUUUUGUUUUCUGGUUUUGAAAAGUUCAUCUAUACUUACCAAACAGGAAAGAAACUUAGUAAACGGUUUUAUAAUUGGUUUGAGCUGUUUUUGAAUCAUUAAAAAAAUAACUAACCGAUAUACUUCAUUGGCUCUUAGUGGAAGGCUUGACGAACAUAUAGGCAAUGGGCCUCGAUAGAUAGAGAUAUAUUUUCGAAUUUUGCAGUUGUUCUUGUGGAACUUGAACGAAGACACUGAGGGCCCAGUCGCCCGAAUGCAGCCCGGCAAAGAAGGCAGCAGCCUGAGAAAAGUCUGCUGGUCAGACGAUGGUUUGCUAGAUCAGGAGUCUUCAUCGGAAGUUCUGGUUUCCAGGUCGCCAGGUUUGCGUCGGCGAUAAUGAGGGCAAUGUUUACGUUUACGAGGUGCAUGAAAGUAUGUACGUUCUUCGAAGCGAAGAAUGGACUCGAUUUGCGCGGUUUGAUUCUUUUUUUCGCUUUGUAACUAUAUCAAAGCUUUUUUUAAAUCGAAAUUUAGUUUUUUUCUGAAGAAAAUAAACAGCUCCAAAAAAAUAUUAUUGCUUUUAGAGAAGUUUAUGAUGUCAAUAAAAGACCCUGGAGAUAAGAAAGCGAAAAAAUAUUUUUCUAAUGAGCUUAUCUGUGAAAAAAAUAAGUUAGAAAAAAGAAAGUUCUCUUUGUAGAAAAGAUCGGUUGAAGAUUAAAUGGAAAAAUGCCUUUUCAGAGAUAUCAUACUCACACUCGAAAAAAAUACUUUUAGUUUCGGUCGAUAUUGUCGAGCUUGUACAAAAGUGCAGUAUAAAAAAAAUUCCUUUCGGGACCUUUCCAGGACUAUACACGAAUUCCAUAAGGGUUUCGAGGAGAAGGGAUUUUUACAGUGCUUUCCUAACUCAUGAGUCAUUUAAAGGGCCGUGUUGAUCCAAAAUGAUAGAGUCAAUGAAAAAAAGCAAGCUUUCAUUUCAAGAAAAAAGUUGGGAAAAAGAAUUUUUAGUGUUCUCGGCGACAUGAAGCAGGCUUCGGAAGACGCGGACGACAUGAGCGAAGUCAUGUCGCGUUUGUCCAACUCCGGACCCAUGGUCAAUGUGUCACCGCGACAAAAUUGGCCAUAG